AUGUUCCACUUCCCCAUUCAUUGCCCCAAUUUUUUCCCUACACCCAUGAAGCCCCGCGCUUUCCCUCAGGGCUUGUUGCGCCGACGCCAUGCGUCUACCUCGCCGGCGUCUUCUACUUCCUCUCCGUCGUCUACUCCGCCGCCGAAGCAGCAACGAUGGCUGCGGUUCGCCUUCAUAACUGCCGCUGCGGCGGGUAUUGGUGCCCUGGUCCGGUCGCAACAGGGUCCAGAGUCGACAACCCUAAAUCAGAUGAAGUUCACACCAUACUAUUUAGUAUCCCGCGUACCGGUCUCAUCGACCGGGAGCUACUUCGUUCUUCAACCGCCCGCAGCCGAUGGUAGCAAUCAUGCCGUCUACGAGGAAGCAUGGAAGACUGGUGUCUGGAGUGUGAUGUUCAAACAGCCACAAUUGCAGAUUGGGAGAGACUACACACCACUGCCAGCCACUUGCUCGGAAGAUGAAGAAGACGAGUGUCUGCGCUUCUUCAUUCGGAAGGACCCGUUUGGCGAGGUCUCCCGCUAUUUGCACAGUCUAGAGAUCGGAGCACCCAUUGAAGUACGUGGCCCGCGAAUCGAAUGUGAAAUCCCUCCGGAUACGCAGCAGAUCUUGUUCAUCGCCGGAGGCACGGGAAUUGCCCCUGCCCUGCAAGCUGGACACACGCUUCUUCGUCGCACCAACGAAACACAUAAGCCUAGAAUACAUAUCCUCUGGGCCAACAGAAGGCGGGAGGACUGCGUUGGUGGCGUGAGUGACACAAAUACAACUACUACAACAGCACCCUCGAGGCCGUGGUUCUCUGGACUCUUCACGUCUUCGAAGGACAACCAAGGCGGCCCUGUUGAAGCACCCCGCAGUACGGGCACUUCGCUGAUAGUCCGUGAGUUGGAGGCUCUUCGGUCACAAUACCCUGGACAGGUGACCGUGGAUUACUUCGUCGAUGAGGAAGGCACCAGCAUCGGGAAGCAGCUUAUCCUGGACUCCACCCGCAGUGGCCCGUCUUCCCAGGAAUCGGAAGAAAGCAAGAACACAAACAACCUAAUUCUGGUCUCCGGACCGGAGGGCUUCAUUAGCUAUAUGGCAGGACCAAAGCUCUGGGCUCAAGGAAUGGAAUUGCAAGGGCCACUCCGGGGAAUUCUCAAAGAAUUGGACCUAAAGGAUUGGGCCUCGCGUUUGUUGCCCUCCGGCCCUGGCAGGCGCUGGAUCUCCCUCCGCGUGCCGAGCACGCCUCAACGACGAGCAUUCGCCUCCACCCGCUUCCUUUUCCAGGAUGUCUUCCAGUCCCAGCUGGAUGACCCUUCCUCCGCCGCCCUCUUCUCCUCCCUGCAGACCUCCCGGGCCGUGCCCCAGACCUUGACGGAAAAGAUCGUUCAGAAGUAUGCCGUAGGACUGCCCGAUGGCAAGUUCGUCAAGUCCGGCGACUAUGUGACCAUCGCUCCCCACCGGAUCAUGACCCAUGAUAACUCUUGGCCCGUCGCAUUGAAGUUCAUGUCGAUCGGUGCCUCCAAGAUGCACGAUCCCGACCAGGUCGUGAUGACACUCGACCACGAUGUCCAGAACAAAACGGAUAAGAACCUGCAAAAGUACCGCCAAAUCGAGGAGUUUGCUAAGCAACACGGUGUCGAGUUCUAUCCCGCCGGUCGAGGAAUUGGUCACCAAAUCAUGGUUGAAGAAGGCUUUGCCUGGCCCGGCACACUGGUGGUCGCUUCGGACAGUCACAGCAACACCUACGGUGCGGUGGCCUCCGUCGGAACGCCCAUUGUGAGAACCGAUGCGGCCAGUAUCUGGGCUACCGGUAAGACGUGGUGGCAGAUCCCUCCAGUGGCCAAGGUUACUUUUACCGGUAUCCUGCCUCCCGGCGUGACUGGCAAGGACGUCAUCGUUGCUCUGUGCGGUCUGUUCGACAAGGAUGAUGUUCUGAACCAUGCAAUUGAGUUCACCGGCUCUGAGGAAACCAUGAGAAGCUUGCCCAUGGAUAGCCGGUUGACAAUUGCCAACAUGACGACUGAGUGGGGUGCCCUGUCAGGAAUAUUCCCCAUGGACAGUGUUCUGAAAGGCUGGAUGAAGGGCAAGGCUACCACUGCGGCCAUGGGAUUGGCUGAUGGGCCGUUCAAGACCCUGGCUGCUCGCAACUUCACCCACCCUGCCAUUGAGCAGCUGUUUGUGAACCCUCUCACUGCCGAUAAGGGUGCCAAGUAUGCGAAGGAGCUCUUCCUGGACCUCUCGACUCUUUCUCCCUACGUUUCCGGCCCCAACUCGGUCAAGAUUGCCACACCCCUGAAGGAGCUGGAAGCCCAGGAUAUCAAGGUCAACAAGGCCUAUCUGGUUUCCUGCACCAACUCUCGGGCUUCGGACAUUGCCGCUGCUGCCAAGGUGUUCAAGGAUGCCGCAGAGAAGAAUGGUGGGAAGGUCCCGAAGAUCGCUGAUGGCGUCAAGUUUUACAUUGCUGCCGCGUCUAUUCCCGAACAGCUCGCUGCGGAAGGAGCCGGUGACUGGCAGACUCUUCUGGAUGCUGGAGCAACGGCCCUCCCCGCUGGAUGCGGACCUUGCAUCGGUCUGGGAACGGGAUUGCUGGAGCCCGGUGAGGUCGGCAUCAGUGCGUCGAACCGUAACUUCAAGGGUCGUAUGGGUAGCACUGAAGCUAAGGCCUACUUGGGUAGCCCCGAAGUUGUUGCCGCCAGUGCUCUCAGCGGCAAGCUGAGCGGUCCUGGCUGGUACCAGCCCCCUGAAGGGUGGACUGAAGUUGUCCGCGGUGAGGGCGAUGGUAUCCGCGAGGAGGACCGCAUGCUCAAUACCGAGCAAGCUCUUGAGAAGCUCCUUGGCCAGUUGGAUGACCUUGUCGCCGACGGGGAGAAGCGCUUCGCUCCCGAGGAGAAGGUUGAGGAAGAGGGUGGCCUGACUGAGGUGUAUCCUGGAUUCCCUGAACGUGUCUCUGGCGAGAUUGUGUUCUGUGACGCUGACAACUUGAACACGGACGCCAUCUAUCCCGGUUACUGGACCUACCAGGACAAUGUUCCCGUGGAGAAGAUGGCAGAAGUAUGCAUGUCCAACUAUGAUAAGGAGUUCCACUCCAUUGCCAAGGAGGGUGACAUCCUGGUUGUCGGAUACAACUUCGGUUGUGGUAGCUCUCGUGAACAGGCGGCCACUGCUCUCCUGGCGAAGCAGAUUCCCCUGGUUGUGUCGGGUAGCUUUGGCAACAUCUUCUCCCGUAACAGCAUCAACAAUGCUCUCAUGGGUCUGGAGGUUCCUCGCUUGGUUAGCCGUCUGCGCGAGGAGUUCGGCGACAAGCAGCUUACCCGCCGGACCGGUUGGACUCUGACCUGGGAUGUCCGGCGCAGUCAGAUUGAGAUCCAGGAAGGCCAGAAUGGACCUAAGUGGACUCACAAGGUGGGCGAGCUGCCGCCGAACGUGCAGGAGAUCAUUGCGAAGGGUGGUCUGGAGAAAUGGGUCAAGAACGCCAUUGAGGCGUAG